GCUGGUAAUAGUGAUAUUGAUUCUCGUUACUUUCGAGAAUUCGUUGAUUACUAUCAGUAGUAUAAGUAUACCGAACUGGCACUGUGCGUGGUGUAAUUAAUGUCGAAUUUUAACACCUUCAAUGGAACCGACAAUAUGAUCUUAGCGGCAGGUUUGAUAUACAAAGCUCACUAUAAUUUCAAUGAAAUCGAAGCUACGCUGAAGAUCAAAAACGACUGAGAUGCAGAUGAAUGUAUUGGUCAGGCUAGUAUCUAUAUUAACAACUUAUAGAAUUAUAGAGGAUACCAGAAAAAAUACAUUGAUGAUUAGAAUCAAAACAAUUUUUUUAAGACAAUUUACUAAGAAUGAAAAUAAAAUAUUGAACACUGAGAUAUCUCGAUAAUUUAUAGUCAACAUUAAAUCUA